UCUCCCGGGCGCGCCCCUGCAGGCGGCAUAGGGGCCGGGACUACAGCUCCCGGCAUUCUACUCCGGGUAGCCGACCCGGUAGUAGCUCUUUUCCGACCAAGUUUCCCUCUCCCUGCGCCGUUGUCUGCUCGCCGCUCGGGACUCCAGGGGGCUCAGGGGCCUGUCUGCGGGAGGUGGGCACUGCCCAGGGUGACAGUGCGGGAGCAUGGCCAUGCACGUGGGCAGGCUGAGCGCGGGCCUCUGCUGGCUCGCGGCGCGGGGCGGCUGCGGGAAGCUGCGCUCUUGGUCCCUGCGCUGCGCGGCCGGACGCUUCUGCCGCCCCCCUAGCACCGCUUGGGCCGAGCAGAGCCGCGGGCUGGGGUACGGCCCUACUGCGGGAGGCGGCCCCCGGCUGAGGACCGGGUUGGCCGCGGGGCUGGCCGGGCUGGCCGGGCUGGCCGCCGCCACCUUCGGGCUCGUGGAGCGGGCGGAGAUGGUGAGCAAGAGCUCGGGGGCGCCGAGUCCCUCGCCGGGGAGAACGGAGGAGGAGGACGACGAGCUGGCCCGCCGCUGCAGCUGCUUCAUGGCCUCGCCUGUGACCGACCUGCACGAGCUGCGGAGGAGGCCGGGCGACAUGAAGACCAAGAUGGAGCUGCUGAUCCUGGAGACCCAGGCCCAGGUGUGCCAGGCGCUGGCACAGGUGGACGGGGGCGCCAGCUUCUCUGUGGACCGGUGGGAGAGGAAGGAAGGAGGUGGUGGCAUCAGCUGUGUACUUCAAGAUGGGCGUGUUUUUGAAAAGGCCGGGGUGAACAUUUCUGUUGUUCAUGGAAAUCUUUCUGAGGAAGCAGCAAAACAGAUGAGAAGCAGAGGAAAAAAGCUGCAGGUGAAAGAUGGUAAAUUGCCGUUUUCUGCUAUGGGCGUGAGCUCUGUUAUCCACCCCAAGAAUCCUCAUGCUCCUACUAUCCAUUUCAACUACAGAUACUUUGAAAUAGAAGAAGCUGAAGGUAACAAGCAGUGGUGGUUUGGUGGUGGAUGUGACCUUACCCCAACAUACUUGAACCAAGAGGAUGCAGUGCAUUUUCACAGGACUCUAAAGGAAGCUUGUGACCAGCAUGGUCCAGAUCUCUACCCCAAAUUUAAAAAAUGGUGUGACGAUUACUUUUUUAUAGCCCAUCGUGGGGAGCGGAGAGGCAUCGGGGGUAUCUUUUUUGAUGACCUUGACUCUCCAUCCAAGGAGGAGGUCUUUCGCUUUGUGCAGAGCUGUGCCCAGGCUGUCAUUCCUUCUUAUAUCCCCCUUGUGAAAAAGCACUGUGAUGACUCCUUCACCCCCCGGGAGAAGUUGUGGCAGCAGCUCCGGAGAGGACGGUAUGUAGAAUUUAACCUGCUGUAUGAUCGGGGUACAAGGUUUGGCCUCUUCACUCCAGGAUCGAAGAUCGAAAGCAUCUUGAUGUCUUUACCUCUCACCGCCCGAUGGGAGUACAUGCAUUCACCCUCAGAGAACUCCAAAGAAGCUGAAAUUCUGGACGUUUUGCGCCAUCCGAGGGACUGGGUGCAUUGAUGCAGGCAGAGCAGUCUUCUUGGGGUCUGGGGGACACAUAAUGGGCUCCCUGCUCCGCUGGCUGGCACCACCACUACUGUGUGGCACUUAAUUCCCUGUGUCUCAGAACUCCAGUCUUCUCCGCCCUGGAGUCUGCCUCCUUUCCUGGUGAAAUGUGUUUUAAGCACCACAAGCUUCCUCUGGAUGCUGUCGGUGAUGGGUGGUGAGGUGGCAGCUUGUCAGAGUCAACUGGUUGAUGAAAAACUCAUUUAUACUUUUAGAAUCAUUUUAUAUGACUAGUUUACAAACAGUGACAAUUUCCAAGAAUUGAUUUAGGGGAUCUAAAUAUUAUAAUUUGUAUCAGGAAACUUCUCACGUUAUUUUUGUUUCAUAUAUUUUUUAAAGGUUUAGUUUCAGCCACAAAAAUCUGUUGUGAGACAAAUUUUAUUUUCAUUAAUUCAAUGAGAUUGAGACUGGUAAUUUUAGAAAGCAACUGGAAAUGAAAGUAAAAAUUUUACUUUGUCAUUACUGAAGUUUCUUUGAUCACAAUCUUUAUAUUUCUUUCUCUAGAGAUCAUAAUAUUGUAAAAUAUUCACUUUCGUAAUGAUAGGUAUUUAGGAAUACUUGAAAUUUUCUUAAUCUCUGCAUGUGUUACAAUUCAGUGAUUACCUAUAGUUAACUCUAAAGUGACGUCACUGUUAUUUAAACAAGGGAUACCUAAGUUGUAAUUUUGAUUUUUGUAGAACUAUAAUUUGUUGAUGCGGAGAUUCUUUGCACUUUUGAAUGUGAAAGCUUAUACCCUUGGAUUCUGAUACUUAAAAAUUUCUAUUCCAGACAUUUCUGUAUGGAGGUUUAGACUAAGAGCAAUGCUGGGGAUGUUAUGAAUUUAGGAAAUGAGAAACAUUUUCCUUCUCUAAUUAAAGCAGACAUAACCAGUGUAAGAAGCAUGUAGGCAUUUUAUAAAUAUAUUUCCUUGAAUAUGGACUAAUUGAAAUUGUCCUGUUUUUAAAUUAGAGAUUCUGCAACGUUUACCUUUGCUCUUAAGAGAAAAUCACAACAGAGUUCUCAAGACUUCUUUGUUCAUAUAAUAAUGUGAAUAUUUUAUUCAUAAUAUAUUGAAGUUUGUAAGGAAUGUUAGCUUCCUACAUAUUAUUAAGCAUUAUCUUGGAAUAUGUUGAAUGUUUGAUCAUGUGUGACUCUGUAGAGCUGGAAAAUGUAUGAAUUCUUCAACUCUUACAACAGGUGUGCUAAUAAAUUUUAUUAUGAAAUAUGACUAAGAAA